AUGAAUCGAUCUCCUGAAAUUUUAUCGCUAAAUGGAUGUAAACAGAGUAAUAUUGUCAAGCCUAUUGAAACUGAAGCCAAAAAUGCUGAUAUUACUCUACAAAAUAUAGCCAGACAAGCAAACUUCAUCCUUUUAUUAGUAAAUAUUGACAUUAAAAAGGAAGAUCCGGAUAAUAUCAUCAAGAUGAUUAAUGUUGUUGAUACAGUACCUACAGUAAUUCGUGAUUCUGUUUCAAAAUAUCAAAAGGAACCUUUAAAAAUUUCGGUAAAUAUUGCUUCAAUUGCCACCAAGUGGAUAUUAGACUGUAUUUCGAAGCCAAAGAAUUUUGCACAAGCAAUUACCAGAUAUUUUUCAAGUAAUCCUGAAGAUUUACCUUAUUUUUCAACAGUUACAUUUCCAUCAUUAUACAGACAAUUUGUUUUUGAUGAAUUCCAGCAGCAGACCUUGAAGCUUAUUCAAGAACUAAUAAAUUUAGACGCUAUUUACAUUUAUUCUCGCUUUAUUCAUCAAUUUAUCAUUUCAGAUCGAAGUUUUUCCUACACAUUAUGGAAGGAAUACGAUAAAGCUCUUCUAAACUUACCUCGGCCAGUCUCAGAUUCAGAAUAUUUCCGAUUAAUUCUAAAAUCAUUCGCAUUAGCCUUCAAUAUACUCACUAUUCACCAGCAGACGGCCUUGAGACAGAUGGCAAUAGCUAACAGACAGUUCUUUUGCGAGAAAUUAUUCGGAAUUACGUUAUAUCGAACUUAUAAGUACACUCAUCGUCAUAUAAUCAGCAAAGAAGAUGGUGAUCCUGUUCUACAUAUACUAAAGUACAUAGGCGAUAACUAUACUUCCCCUCAAUGCAAUGCUUUUUUGGCAGAAAUGAAAUUACAGAACGGCUGCAGUGUUUGCUUGAAGCAAGGUGAUACAUUUGUUGGUUGCCAUGCCUCAAUAAUCCUUUCUUUUAGGGAUUUACUCAUUUUGCAGAAUAUUAUUAAUUCAAUGCCAGGAUUAUCAGUCCAAGUUGACAAAAACCUGAUGAUUCCGGAGUCAUUCAGAUGGGUAAUUGAUCCUAUCUCUAUUCCGCUCACUUUCGACUUCAUUGAACAGUCAGAUAAGAAUAUUUCUAUUUUUUCGAUCAAUAAGAAGACAAAUGACGUCGAAUACGAUGAAGGACUGAAGACCAAGUUCACCAAGCUCAACAUGCUUGAGAAAAACAACAAAUUGGACUACUUUGACCGUUCAUUAAAUUCAAAGCAUCUGAAAAAGAUCAGAAAUAAGAUCGGUGGUGUAAACGAUAAAAAAUUUUCUGAUUUUGUAGAAAAUAAUAUUCUUGAUAAUACUAUAUCGGAAAUGACUGAUUUUGAAAACAUGUUGAACCAAAUUACAAAUCAAAAGGUUAUUGAUACAAAAAUCAACAUCUGGACGGAAAGUCUUCAGUAUGAAAUGAUGAAUUUCUCAUACAGAAUCACUACAUUCACCUUAGGAUCCCCUCUGGCCGCUUCUUCCAGUUUAUUAGUGAUGCAACAAGAGCCACUGAAGUCAAACGCCAUGCGAAAGUACAGAGAAGUCGAAACUAUACUCUCAAAGAGAAGAAAUACGACCUUGGAAGGUUCAAAUGAGGUUUUGCAACCUCGACGACCUUCAAUAAUUAAACAUCAGAAGCAUAAGGCGAAGUCACGGAGCUACGAACUGUUUAAACUAGCCCCCGAUGGACAGUCUUUCACUGCUAUUGAUGUAGCAAAGAUACUUGCAAGUUGUAAAUCUCCAAGACUCGAUUUUUGGUGCUAUAUCGGCCAAAUAAACGGUUGGAAACACGAAAAUUUCUUCUUACAUAACCUAAGAGUUGAGUUUAAUGACAUAAUUAACUCUGUAAGACUGAAAUUAAAAGUUUCAAAUUAUCUUCCUGAAACUUUGCAGCCAUUCCUACUACAAUUGGCCAGAGAAUACGAUAGGCUCCAGAACAUGAAGAGUGGUUUCCUUCUUUUGUGCAUUUCCAAGCUGAUGAACGAAAUUCGAACGGUAACAAGGGCUUUUGUAACUGUUCAUGCUAUCACACAGCCAAUGAUCAUGUCUGGGAUAGCGGCUCUUAGCGUUACUGACUCUAUUUACACAAGUUUUAUGAUAUCUCAAAAAAUUUUCCAAGAAUACAAGGCUGUAAAGAAGCUUAUACCAGAGGAUGAUGUUGAGAACUUCGAACAGUUUGAAGAUUUGAUGUGGGAGUUCCUGGAAUACUUAGAUAGAGGUUUGAUGCUUAAAUCUAAGAAUUUAUUGUACGGAAGCCCUACAGAUGAAGAAGAAGAUGACAGUAGUUACUCUUAUUCUUACUAUUCUGAUGACGAAGGAGGAAAAUCCGAAGAAAUUAAAAGUGUUGAAAAGAAAGAGCCAGAACCAGAAAAAGGAAGAUGGAGCCAGGUUUUACCUUGA